UCCGGAACUGAAUAUACAUUUUUUAGUCGCUUUUUUCUGAUACAGUCUUAUCCAUUUUAUGUUAGAGUUUCUUGGGUUUGUUUUCGCAUUGUGAUAAACACAUAAUAAUUUCACUAUGGGCGGGUACGGGGUGAUGGCCGAUGAGGAGUCUUUGGAUUAUUCAGUACAUGAAGCCUGGAACGAGGCCACUAAUGUUUACCUGCUGGUUAUUUUGGUCAGCUUCGCCCUGCUUAUGUACGCCAGAAAAAAUAAGAGGAAGAUCAUGCGUAUAUUUACACUGCCACCGACAGCGGGCAGCUCUUCGGAGCCCAACUUUUACGACAGUCUGCAGAAGGUCCGGCUGAGACAACAGCUGGAAAUGUAUUCACUCGCUCGUAAAUACGACCAGCAGCACCAGCAGUGUCAGUCAGACAGUGUGCAGCUGUCGAUGGAGUGAUCCGACCAGAGGGGGCGCUCUUCACCCACCAAUAUACCGCAGACGGGAAUAAAGGCUGUGCAGGCCGAAUCUGAUUUACAGCUCACACAGACUUGUGAUCCAGGGGACUGGAUUGCCGAAGAAUAAACUGUUGAAUGUUAUUUUGUUUUUUUAUUUGAGGAGCCUUUUUCUUUUCAUCCUCCGUACCUCUCAAUCAACUGAAGGGUGUUUGUUUUAUGACCUGAUAUUUUGAUCUGAUGAAACGGACCGCUCUCUGGUGUGGGAAGUGAAAUUUGUUGUGUAAUAUCUCAGCGUUUGGACAAGCGCGUUGCUUUGUACGCGUCGUCCGCGCGUGUUAAACAUUUUACCUCUCCUCAAAAAAUGUUACAUAAUGCUAUUUAAGGUUUUUUUUCCAAAAGCAAAGAUGCGGGAAGACACUGUACGCUGAUUGUGUUGUGCUUUCUAGGUACCUUUUCUCCAAUGUGUGUCGUAUUGCCCUCCGGUGCUGGAUUGUUUUAGUGCAUGUCAGUUGUUUUAGGCUGACGUAUGAACCUGCUUAAAAUAAAGAUUUUCAUAUAAAAAAAAAAA